AGCGGUCGGUCGCUCCGUGUUCACUCCGGCUCUGCCCCUCUCUGCAGUUUCUCCCUGGCACCGCCAAGUGUGGAGGAUCCCGACCGGCCCGGGCGGACAGCAAGGACGGGGGGAAUGAACGCGUCCUCUGCCGUUCACGUUGCGCGGAUGUGAGCGUGUGCGGGGACGACUUGACCGACGCGCCGCCAGACACACAGCAACCCGCACCAGCCUGCUGUUUACAAAUACCCAGCUCGGUGUUGGACGUCCUGUCCCCCGCCCCGGACUAUGGCGGAGAGAAGUGGCCGGUUGAGUUUCCCCGGCAGCGGGGCUCUCAACAGACCCGUCCCCAUGAACCUGUUCGCAACAUGGGAAAUAGACGGAUCCUCCCCGAACUGCAUCCCGAGAUUGUGCAGUCUGACUUUGAAGAAGCUGGUCGUGAUGAGGGAGCUUGAUAAAGAGCUUAUCUCUGUGGUCAUCGCGGUUAAAAUCCAGGGAUCCAAAAGGAUUCUGAGGUCCCAUGAGAUAGUGCUGCCACCCAGUGGAUCUGUCGAGACCGAUUUGGCACUCACCUUCUCACUGCAGUAUCCGCACUUCUUAAAACGAGAAGGGAACAAACUGCAGAUCAUGCUCCAAAGGCGGAAGAGAUACAAGAACCGAACGAUCCUGGGCUACAAGACCCUCGCCGUGGGAUCCAUUGACAUGGCCGAGGUGAUGCAGCACCCCACGGAGGGUGGCCAGGUUCUGCCUCUGUGCAGCAACCAGAAAGACAUGCUGGGCAAGGUAGCAGAGAUCUGGAUCUUCUCCUUGUCCAGUCAGCCGAUAGACCACGAGGAGGCCGCGCUGCAGGGGGGGCAGAAGAUCAAAUGCUCUGAUAACUACUCAGAGGAGGAGUACGAGAGCUUCUCCUCGGAGCAGGAGGCCAGCGAUGAUGCCGUGCAGGGGCAAGACCUGGAGGAUGACGAGUACGACGUGCGGAAGCCAAAGAAGCAGAGGAGGUCGAUUGUCAGGACCGCCUCCAUUACCAGACAGCAGAACUUUAAGCAGCGAGUGGUGGCUCUCCUGAAGCGGUUCAGAGUAUCAGAUGAGGUGUUGGACUCGGAGCAGGACCCUGCGGAGCCGCCUCCGGAGGUGGAGGAGGACUUGGAUCUGGAGAGUCUGGACUUUGAAAACCCCAGCGACAGCGGACCGGAGCUGGAUGAUGAUGACAGCGUCCUCAGCACACCAAAACCCAAACUCAAGCCAUAUUUCGAGGGUCUCUCCCUCUCCAGCUCUCAGACAGAGAUCGGCAGCAUUCACAGCAGCCGGAGCCACAGGGAGCCUCCCAGCCCGAUCGAUCCAGAUAAAACCAAGAGCGGUGUGGCCAAGGGAGACAGUGGGUCUGAUAAUGUCUCCUUUGAGCAGCCCGAGGCGGUGACUCCCACCACAGAGCUGGAGAUGGACAACAUGGACACGUUUUUGGAGAGACUGCCACCAAGUGGCAAGAUGACCAAAACCGAGUCCCUCAUCAUUUCAUCCAAUAGGCAGGAACCUAAAGUGGCAGGAAGGCGAGGCAGGAGCACUUCGCUGAAGGAGCGCCAGCCCAGCAGGCCGCAGAACGAGAGGGCCAACAGCCUGGACAACGAGCGCUCACUUGACACGCGGUGCCACCUACAGAUCCCAAGGAAGACUGUUUAUGACCAACUGAACCACAUCCUGGUGUCUGACGACCACCUGCCUGACAGCAUCAUCCUCAUCAACACGUCAGACUGGCAGGGCCAGUAUCUGUCAGAUGUCCUGCAAAACCACCAUCUCCCGGUGGUCUGCACCUGCACUACGGCCGACAUCCAGGCUGCGUUCAACACCAUCGUAUCACGGAUCCAGAGAUUCUGUAACUGUAACUCCCAGACGCCCAUUCCCAUAAAGAUCGCCGUGGCCGGGGCGCAGCACUACCUCAGCGCGGUCCUGAGGCUUUUUGUCGACCACCUCUCCCACAAGACCCCCGACUGGCUCGGCUACAUGAGGUUCCUCAUCAUCCCUCUAGGAGCCCAUCCAGUCUCCAAAUAUCUCGGCACCAUUGACUAUCGAUACAACAGUUUGUUCCAAGAUGCUGCGUGGAGGGACCUGUUCCACAAGCCGGAGGCGCCCGUCAUUGCCCAGGAGAACCCAGACGUGGUGUCGCGGGUCACUCAGUACAUGGUGGGCGCCAAUGGGGCUCACCAGCUCCCCAUCGCAGAGGCCAUGCUCACCUACAAACAGAAGAGGUACGUUCCCUCACCUCACACACACCUGAAAAAGAGCUUUCAUUUUGAUUUUGCCGUAAGCCCCGAUGAGGACUCGUGUCAGAAAUUCAUCCCUUUUAUCGGGAUGGUGAAAGUUGGCAUCGUGGAGCAGACAUCUGCAACGUCAGGAGACUCUGAUGAUGCGGCACCCAUCGGCUCAGCGCUGCUCUCCUCCACUCCUCCGCAAGUGUCACCCGCUUUCAAAGAGGCGUCGCCCACCCCUCCCUCCUCGCCCUCCGUCAACACCGGCUUCUGCGCUUACAGUUCUGGUGGCCAGGCGGAGCUGAUGGGGCUGCAGGUCGACUACUGGGUGGCUCCGACCGACAGGAAGAAAGACGUGGAGAAGCGGGACUCAUCCACCAAAAACACCCUGAAGUGCACCUUCCGCUCGCUGCAGGUCAGCCGGCUGCCACUGGGGGGCGCAGAGCUGGGCCCCCAGCCCACCAUGUCCAUGACGGUGGUGACCAAGGAGAAGAAUAAGAAGGUCAUGUUCCUGCCAAAAAAGAGCAAAGACAAGGAGGUGGAGUCCAAGAGUCAAGUGAUCGAGGGCAUCAGCCGGCUCAUCUGCACUGCCAAGCACCAGCAGACCAUGCUGAGAGUGCUGAUUGACGGCGUCGAGUGGAACGAUGUCAAGUUUUUCCAGCUGGCAGCACAGUGGUCCUCACAUGUCAAACACUUCCCUAUAGGGAUCUUUGGACACACAAAAGGCCCGUAUUAGUGGCACCUAAGAGACUGAAACACUGAGGACAACUCUCCCUUCCCUGCCCUUCCCGUCCCUCCCCCCCGUGCCAACAGCUUUUAACCCCCUUGUCCCGGUUUUGUCCCUGCACACUUCCAAUCUGCUGUCUUAAUAUAAGCUCCUCCUUUCUCCUUUGGAUUUGUCUGAUGACUUCAUUUUUUUUUUUUUUUUUUUUUUUGCGUGUAUUAUUAUUAUUUUUUUCUAUUUAUGUAAAAAUGUCUCGAGGCAAGGCUGCCGAGAGAGUAUUUCUUUACUUGGCUUUUUAAAAGAAAAAUCCUGCUAAUGUUUUAUAGACUUUGAGGAGAAAAAAAAAAGUACAAGCCUAAUGAAAUAAUAAUUAGAAAAGACUUCUAACUGCUAACACGCACCCUGGCACCCCCCUCCACCCCCACCUUUCUCACAGCAGAUUUUUUUUUUUUCUCGAUGAGGUUGUUUUUAAACUCUUGCCCAGCACAAUUUACCAAGAAUAUUCCAAAAAAGAUGAGGGUUGCUGCCUUGUGAUGACGGACAAAGCGGAGGAGGUGGUUGUCAUCUUGUUUUCUAGCAGGUUUUGGAUUCUCAACUUCAGCGACUGCUGAAGACAAAAAAAAAAAAAAAAAAAAAACAGUCCCUGAUCUUUGCCCCCCCUGCACUCAAUGGAAGAAGUCUGAAAUGUGCAAUAGAUACUGCAUACUGUGUGAAUGCAAAUCAGCACUAAAAAAACAACCUGGCACUGUUAGUAGAUCCCACUUUGCUCUUGUUUCUGCACUUCACUCAAACCCUCUCUGUCUCUCCUCUCUCUCUCUUCUUUACUUUCCCUCCUCCUUAUCUCUCUCAGUAGCUGUCCAGUUGUACGCUGGAUCAAUAUCUGAAGAAUGUCAUUCCAAAAUAAGACACACAAUUUAACAAAAAAAAAAAGAAAGAAAGAAAGUGAAAACACCUACUCUUACAAGACAACUGAUAGCACAAAAUGAGAGCAACUUAGUACUUUUUAAAUGAUCAAAGGCUCCUUAAAGCUGUUUGUUGAUCAAAUGAAGAUACACGUACAGAGUGGAUCCUCUGUAUGAAGUGGAAAUUAUUUUUUUCUAAAACGGAUAGCUUUGGAAUAGAGCUCCUCAUUUCUCAGCUCCCACACUCCUCCCGAUGCACUCCACACCUUUUUUCUCCAAUAGCAAAACGGUACUUUUUUGCCAAAGGAUUAACUCAGCUGCAGCUCACUCAUUACCUGUGUGGUAUUAUAGUUGACUUCAUGUAUGUAGAGGUGAAUGUAUUGGAGGUACCUUAUUGUAAAGCACUUUUAAAUGUUUGUCCAGCAUAGAUUAGGAUUUUAAAAUGUGCCCCUGAUACUGAUGGGCACAUGAGGCGCAUAGACAGACACUGUAAUCUGCCCGGCAGCGCCAACAGCUGGCACGGUUUAUAAACAAAUGGCAUCAUUCAUAUGCAUCUGGAUCAACUUCAGUGCCGUUGUAAUGUCACCUUACGUUUGGUUCGACAGGCCCAAUUGGACUAAUUUAGAUUAUUUUAUGCUAAUAUUCUGGAAAGGUUAGCCUAGAAUGUGUAGAAAUGUGAUGUUAACUUUUCAUGUUGUAUCGGUAGGUUUUGUUCCAUCUUUAGUUGACUCUUUAGGAUUAAACUAAAAAAAAAAAAGUAUUUUGCUUAUGAAAUGUAUUUCAGUAGCAGUUUUGUCAUAACCUUUGCCAAUUUUUUGAUAAGUGCCUAAAUUGCUUAAUUUUGACAAAUCAAUGUAAAUCUUUCCCUGGGUAAUAUGGUGCUGAGUCUGGUCUGACAACAACAAAGUAACUCAAUCUAAUGAUUUGGUAUGAUAAUAAACACACACGGUCAGGCCUGUUCAUUCAAAACUUGCUUUAAAAAUAAAUUUUAAAAAAGGGUCCUGCACAGGGAGGGAGAAAAAAAAUCAUGCCCCUUUGGCUCUCCAACUUGGGUAUAAAUAAAAUAAAUUAUUGCUAAAGCCCACUCAUGUUGAACAUACAUUUGUUUUUGUUUUUUUGUGUUUUUCUUUAUAAAGAAGACAUUUUAAGUGUUUCUUUUUUUUCAUAUUGUCUUGGAAAGGCUUGUUGAGACUGAGAGUUCCCUAAAGACUACCACUGUAAUCCCAAAAACUGGGAGUAAUAAAACUACUAUACACACUA